GAACUCUCGAAAACGAGAGAAAAAAAAAAUUCAGUAACUACUACAAAAGAGGGAAAAAAAUAUCCCUUGAUUUCUUUCUUCUUCAUCUCUCGGAUUUUCGAUCCCCCGAGCUUCUGGAUUGGAGUUUCUGGAUUCAUCCUAGCAGGUGAAUCAAGUCUCUCUGGGAUCUGAUUUGUCAUUUUGGCAAUUGCUCUACCGAUAAUCUGCAAGUAUCGCCCGCCAGCUCCAGUUCCAGGCUCACUGAAGGGCUACUGCUUAGUUUUGAAUGAAAUUUUGCAUGUCGAAUUGAUAAUUUGUGCAAAUGUCAAGCCUACUUAAUUCCUCAAUAAACGGAUCUGCCUCGAAUUUACAAGACAGUUCAGGGAGAUCUUUUAGUUCUUCCUUCUCUGGCCAGCCUGGAGCAGCAUCUCCAGUUUUCCAUCAUGCCGGAACUAUUCAGGGCCUUCAUAACCUGCACGGAAAUUUUAAUGUCCCCAACAUGGGGGGUACCCCCGGGUCUAGAAAUUCGGGUCUAAAUACUGUUCCCUCUGCUGGUGUUCAACAACCAAAUGGAAGUCUUUCAAGUGGAAGAUUUGCGUCAAAUAAUCUUCCAGUCGCGCUUUCUCAGUUAUCUCAUGGUAGCUCUCAUGGGCAUUCUGGAGUCGCAAAUAGAGGAGGAUUGGGAGUUUCCCCAAUUUUGGGAAAUGCAGGUUCUCGAAUAGCUAGUUCUAUGGGGAAUAUGGUUGGUGGAGGCAACAUGGGCAGGACUCUAAGCUCUGGUGGAGGGCUAUCUGUGCCUGGUCUUGGUUCUCGACUAAAUCUGGCAGCAAACGGUGGAUCCGGAAAUAUAGGACAAAAUUGGAUCAUGGGUGGAGUACUUCCGCAAGGAUCUUCGCAGGUUCUUUCCAUGCUGGGAAAUUCCUACCCCACAGCUGGUGGUCCUCUUUCCCAAAAUCAUGUUCAAGCAAUGAACAAUCUGAGCUCCAUGGGGAUGCUGAAUGAUAUGAACCCUAAUGAGAAUUCUCCGUUUGAUAUAAAUAAUGAUUUUCCUCAGCUAACAAGCCGCCCUAACUCUUCUGGCGGUCCUCAAGGACAAUUGGGGUCUCGAUUGAAACAAGGCCUUGGAGUCAGCCCCAUCGUCCAACAGAAUCAAGAGUUCAGCAUCCAAAAUGAAGAUUUUCCGGCAUUACCUGGAUAUAAAGGUAGUAAUGCUGAUUAUCCAAUGGAUUUGCAUCAGAAAGAACAACUCCAUGAUAAUUCUAUUUCAAUGAUGCAAUCUCAGCAUUUACCCAUGGGAAGAUCUGCUGGGUUUAACUUAGGAGGAGCAUAUUCAUCACAUCGUCCUCAGCAGCAGCAGCAGCAGCAGCAACAACUUGCUCAAGCUGUCGGUAGCGGUAGUGUCCCCUUACAUGGCUCUGACAUGUUCACAUCGUCACAUCCGGGGUACCACUCUCAGACUGGUGGACCUCCGGGAAUUGGAUUAAGACCUAUGAAUUCUCUGAAUUCUGUUUCUGGGAUGGGGUAUGAGCAGCUAAUCCAGCAAUAUCAGCAACAUCAGAACCCGGCCCAGUUCCGCAUGCAGCAAAUGUCAGCUGUUGGCCAAUCGUUCAGAGAUCAAGGGAUUAAAGCAACACAGUCAAAUCCUGAUCGGUUUGGCUUGCUUGGUUUGCUUAGUGUGAUUAAGAUCAGCGAUCCUGACUUGACAUCUCUGGCACUUGGGAUUGAUCUAACGACGUUGGGCUUAAAUCUGAAUUCGACAGAAAAUCUCCAUAAAACUUUUGGUUCCCCCUGGUCCAAUGAACCUGCCAAAGGAGAUCCAGAAUUCAGCUUACCCCAUUGUUAUUAUGCAAAGAGUCCUCCACCGCUACAUCUAGGGUACUUUGCGAAAUUCUCAGUAGAAACGUUGUUUUACAUAUUCUACAGCAUGCCGAAAGAUGGAGCACAACUAUACGCGGCAAAUGAACUUUAUAAUAGAGGGUGGUUCUACCAUAAAGAACACAAGUCAUGGUUCAUCAGAAUAGGGGAACCUCUGGUCAAGACAAACACAUACGAGCGAGGAUCUUAUCACUGUUUCGAUCCAAAUUCAUUUGAAGUCAUCCGUAAGGAAAAUUUUGUUCUUCAUUACGAGAUGUUGGAAAAGAGACCAUCCCUGCCUCAACAUUGAGUAAAACUAUCUUACCUUUUUUUCCGGUUAUUUAUGAUGUAAAUCUCCUGUCGUGUAAGUCAAUCGGUGAGGAAUCCGUAGAACAGAUACCAGCAGUUCGCGGCAUGUAUUCUUCUUCUUCUUUGGAACUUAGCAUUUAAAAAAACAUCUAGAAACAUUUCUCGUCAAACCCAUGUAGCCAAAGUUCUCGAGAGCAAAAUAGUUUAAGAUCAAUACAAAUCCCUUUAUCAGGUUAUAUA